AUGUAUUCCUCAGACUCACAAUACCCCUCAGUGGUGCGGAAGUGGGACUAUUCCCUAAAGUAUUGCUAUAACCACAAGCAAAUCAUCGUCGAACUCGAGACUGAGAAGGAAAUUGCUCAGAAAGCCUUGAAAACUAUGAUGAAGCAGCGAAACGAAGCAGACGCCCUGUUGGCGGCCUUGAGCAGCACUGUCGACAGAGGUGAAGCUCUCCUUGAUGACAUUGGCGAACAAAUGUUUAACGUAGAAUGCGAUCUGCAAUCGCUGCAAGGUGGAUCGGAGGGGCAGAUCUCAAACACGAGGUUCAGGAAUCGCAGCGAAACUUGCGACGAAAUCAAACCUGAAAUCGAGGAAGGCCAACUAGAGCUGCGACGGCUCUUGGAGCAAUGUGAAGACAUCUCAGAGCAGUUGGAUCUCCAUCGUGACCAACUCUCGCUCAUACACAAGGUUCCCCCAGAGAUCAUUCGUAUCAUAUUCCUCUUCUGGGCCUCCGACAGGCAUUUUCUCCAAUCCCCAACUCAUGUCUCUCCAAGUGUUCUGACUGGCGUUUGUGUUGCCUGGAAGAAUAUUGCACUCGGAGUUGAUCAGAUUCCGCCCACCAUGCCACACGACAAUACAAACUCUGAGCACCCCGCUGGAUCACCAGUUGCGUCCAUGCUCGAUCUCUUCAUUCCCCAUCACUCUCGAUGGCAGAGAGUCCGUCUGAGAUACAGCGAUGCAUCGCCUGGUAAAGUUGUUACUGCCUUGCCAUUGCCCAUGAAUGCCACGUAUCCUUUACUUGAAGAGGUAUACUUGGACAAAGGUUACUGGUGGGCACAAGAAGAUCUAGACUGCAUCAAAUCCAUGAUGGUCUCCGCACCACGGCUCCAUUCCGUUACCUGGCUAAGCGAGAAAUCAUACAAAAUGCUUGCCUUUCCAUGGAAGCAGCUCACACACUUCUCGCAGGGCCCCAUUGCCACUAUGAACGAGGGUCUUCGUGUCCUCGCGAUCUGUCCUCAUCUCAAAUCCCUGGAGCUGACGCUCUUUCUUCCCAUGUUUCCCGUCGACGACGACGACGGUCCAUUUGUCCACAACACUUUAGAACGCCUACAUCUACGUACUGCAGGUAACCUGGCAGUGCUUAUCGACAAAGUCACUCUGCCGGCUUUGAAGGAUCUGUCACUCUCCGAAUUACAUGGAACCUCACCCAACCCCCCUGUACAGCUUGGCCGGUGGCCACAAUCCCAGUUCCUUCCAUUCCUCCUACGUUCAGGUUGCACCAUCAAGCAAUUCAUCAUUCAGGAGUGGGAUAUCUCAGCAGAAGAGAUAGCGGAGUGCCUCGGACAUCCGCAGAUAUCGAAGUCAUUGGAUCCGUUGUCUAUCACGGAAUAUCACCAAAAGCAUCUGUGCAUGACGGAUGAGGUUCUUAGGCGGUUGACGUAUACCCCAUCAGUUAUCUCGUCAGAAAACGUUCUGUGUCAUGGAGAUGACCAGCUGGCCGAGGACACCCCAUUGGAGACUAUCUGUCCGAAUCUCACGACCAUCAAGCUGUGGGGAUGCAUUUCUGCCCAGGAUGGAAUAUGGUUGAGUCUAGGUGGUUGGCCAGGACCGAAGGCCGCCCCAUCAUGCAACUGA